AGCGGGCCGACGGGCGGGUGGCGGCCGCGCCCCGGGCCGGGCGGGUGCCUCGCACCGCCCCGUCCGCAUCCCGGUCCCCGCCGAGGCCAGGCUGGAUCCGGCGGCCCCCAUGCAUCGGGAAGGGCCCCCCGGUGCCGAGGUGAAGGUGGUGGUCGUGGGGGACGGCGGCUGCGGGAAGACGUCUCUGCUGGUGGCGUUCGCCAGGGGAGACUUCCCAAAGGUCUAUGUCCCCACUGUAUUCGAGAAGUACACAGCCUCCCUCCAGGUUGCUGGCAAGCCUGUGAAGAUCCACCUCUGGGACACUGCAGGACAGGAAGAUUAUGACCGCCUUCGCCCAUUGUCCUACUCGGAUGCCAAUGUUGUCCUCAUCUGCUUUGAUGUCACUGACCCCAGCAGCUACAACAACGUCCUAACAAAGUGGUACCCAGAAGUGAACCACUUCUGCAAGGGCAUCCCGGUGCUGCUGGUGGGCUGCAAGACCGACCUGCGUCGGGACCAUGCGGUGCUGCGCAAGCUGCAGGAGGGGCGCCUGGAGCCCGUGUCCCACCAUCAGGCGAAGGCCAUGGCCCGGCAGGUCCACGCCGUGUCCUACCUGGAGUGCUCGGCCAGGUACCAGGAGAACGUCAGCAGCAUCUUCACAGAGGCCUGCAGGGCUGCCCUCAGUGCUGCCCGCCGCAGCCAGCGCAGGAGGAGACCCAAGAGGGGCUGCGUGCUCUGCUGAGCCCCGCACCAUGGCUAUGGGGACCCAGCGUGAUGCAGGACCUCGGCUCCCGGCUGCUGCUGGGCACCAUCAGCCA